ACUAGUUAUAUAAGGAGAUACCACAUUUGUUGUCUAGUUAAUUCUAUUUUGCUAAUUGUACACAUAUAUACACACUUAUAGAAAGGCAACAAUUGUAAUUAACUCGCGACAAUGACAUCAACUGACUCAUCUUCAGUAUCCUCAGCAUCCGGAACCCCCUCAAAUGAUUACUCAUGGACUUCAUUCUUGAAGUCAAUUGCGUCAUUUAAUGGUGACUUGUCUUCACUUACUGCUCCCCCAUUCAUCUUAUCACCUACUUCAUUAACUGAAUAUUCCCAAUAUUGGGCCGAACACCCUGAUUUAUUUGUCGAUGCCGAUUUGUUAACCACAUCCCCUAAUCCCACCAAGGAAGAAAGCGAAGCUAUGGCUUUGAAACGAAUGAUUUCCGUCACUAGAUGGUUUAUUUCCACCUUGAAGUCUCAAUAUUGUUCUCGUAAUGAAACUAUGGGUUCUGAAAAGAAACCAUUGAACCCAUUUUUGGGUGAAUUAUUUGUUGGUAAGUGGGAAUCUGAUGAUACUCACGGGGAAGCCGUGUGUUUGAGUGAACAAGUGAGCCAUCAUCCUCCAGUCACUGCAUAUGCAAUCAAGAAUAAGAAACAUAACGUUACAUUGCAAGGGUACAAUGGAAUCACAUCUUCCAUCUCCACUACAUCUAUCAAUAUUAAACAAUAUGGUCAUGCUAUAUUGGAAUUCCAAGACAAGAAUGAAUCCUAUUUAAUCACCUUGCCACCAUUACAUAUUGAAGGUUUAAUCACGGCAGCUCCAUUUGUCGAAUUGGAAGGGAAGUCUUAUAUUCAAAGUUCCAAUGGAUUUUUUGCAGUUGUCGAAUAUACUGGUAGAGGAUGGAUUACCGGAAAGAAAAACACCUUCAAGUCAAGAAUCUUCCGUGACCAAUUUGCUAGCAGCAACAAGGACAAUGCUUUGGUCACCAUCGGCGGACAAUGGUCUGGUAAAUCCUAUAUCAUUAAGGGAAAUGGUAACCCAGGUUCCAAGGACGAAUUGUUUUACGAUGCAGCAGCAUCAAACGCUCAACACUUAACAGUUAAACCUAUCGAAGAACAACAUGAAUUAGAAUCACGUAGGGCAUGGCAAAAAGUUGCCGAGGCAAUUAGAUUGGCUGAUUAUAAUUUGAUCCAUCAAGAAAAAUCAAAGAUUGAGAACAAGCAAAGAGAAUUGAGGAAGCAAGAACGUGAAGCUGGAAUUAGUUGGGAAAAUAGAUGGUUUGAAUUGGUGGAUUAUGAUGAACUCAAGGACGAACAUAAUGAUGAUAAGAUUCAUGAUAGUUUUAUUAACUUGACAAAUUUGGCCAACUUGUCGAUUAAAAAUGCCCCUUCGGGAAGUUUGAAGAAAUCUAAAUAUGAUACUGGUGCUGCCAAACAUUGGAGAUUCAGUUUGAAGAAAUGGCAAGCAGAAAAGGAUAUUGUUAUUUGAAUGGGGCGGUUUUCCUCUAAUGCACCCAUGUCAAAGUUAUGAUUGAUUUAUUACACUUGUCAAUUUUAUAUAUUAAUACACGUUUUGAUUCUA